GAACCAACAAUCAUUACUCCCUCCUCCUUCAAGAUGAAACUGAAACAGAUGGUAUAGGUUUGGAAGAAGAGGAGGAGGAAGAAGCUGAAGCUGACAUGAACGGUAUAGAAGAGGAAGAUGAUGAUGACGACGAUGAAGAGGCAAUUGAGGACAGUGAUGAGGAAGAAAUCUUUAGCAGCAGCAAGCACCGCACUCUUUCACAUGAAGGUGCCAACCUCAAUGGUCAGAAUCAUAUAGGGGGACAUGGAAAUGAGUAUAGAUUACUGAACAACAAUGAUGCAGACCUCAAAGCUGUUAUUGACACACCAAUCACUAUCUGGACACCCACGCCCAUGUCUCCAGCUCGUCGUGCAUGCUUCAUUGCUUCUAUCAUGUUUGGUGUAUUGAUAGUGGCCACUUUUUUGUGGGUUCUUCCAUGUGAUGUCCAACCAUGUGAGGGGGAAAUGGGCUUAUCUGACAGAAGUUGGGCUGUGAAGAUAGAGGGAAUGGGGAUCAACCAAACAAAGUUGGUAAGGAGGCUUUCAGGUGGUCAUAAUGUCCUACUAAGUUAUUAUACUUCCAACAACAUAUCUGGGUGGCAUACAGAAAAUUCGACAGCAUCAGAUGGUGAUGUUUGGAGAGCAGAUCAAUUAUCAACUGGAUGUAAUAACUGUGGUGAGGGAGAUGAUGGUGAAGAUGAUGCAAUUGACAUAAUUGGUGAUGGACAAUGUGGCUUAUUAAUGCUUGAUGGAAAUUUGGGCCGUGAGAACUGGCGAAUACCAUUGAGAGAAUGUCCAGUUGAUUUGCAGUGUGAUCUUCUGGAUGUUAGUGGAGAUCAUGUUCCAGACUGCUUAGUGAGAGGUAGUCACUCCAUGGUUUUCAUGAUAGAAGCUCGGUAUGGAUCAAUAAUGUGGUACUUACAUCAACAUAAAGAAACUGAAGGGAAAGCCCAUGGAGAUUCCAACCCCAUUCAUAGUACACGGCCUCCAGCCAGACUUUUAAACCCGGGCUCUGCAAUAGUUAUCCCAGAUGUAAAUAAUGACAGUUAUGAUGAUCUUUUAAUGUAUGGCAUAUUGACCCAAUCCCCUCAGCCAUGGAAUAAUGAAUAUACUGAUUCAGAAUUUUGGAGUUCUGAAACUGACUCACACAACCCCAAUAAGUCACUUCUUCCAAUAAACAAUUUGGUGUUAGUCAGUGGGCAGUCAGGAAGUGUCCUUGGUACCCCAUUCAUACUUAAACAAUGCCAGAAGAUCUUGACGCUUGUUUUGGAAGGACCAAUGAUUCACUACACUUGCAUAUGGGUAGAGGGAGAAAAGGAACCUGGUCAGAUUCAUCUCACAGCAUUACUUAAUCAAAUUCUCGGCAAUAGUGCUCCAGUGGAUGAGCCUGUACCACAUGAAAAUUCUUAUGGUCAUGCUUUCCCUGUCCACACACAAAGAAGAGACCCAUGCCGAGUUAAGGUUUAUAAUAAGGGUAAAUGCCCGAGCUGUCAGUCAAAGAUACAGUUCUUUCAUGUAGACGGUCACAUCGCUUGGGAUCGAGAGUAUGAACACAGCGGUGUUGUAUCUUGGGCAGCUCUACUCUCCAAUGGAGAAUGUCAUGGUGCUAUUUUUAAAAUUUGGGAAUACAAACUCACUACCACUGUUGUGAAGACUUCAAAACCCUCCCCAGUUGUGACCCGUAGAACAACAAGGAGUAGCUUAACAAAUGAUGAUGGAUAUGUUGAAACUGACCCCACUGAUGUUGGUAAAAAUGGUGAUGAACAGCAGUUUACUAUUGUGAUGAAUUCAAACUUUAGUGAUUCUAGUGAAAUUCAUACCUUGCUUCAUAAAAAUAGUGUGGCAAGCUUGAAAGAAGAAUACAAUAAUAAUCAAAAUGGCUUAAAACCUCCAUCGACCACCAUAACAGACUUUGAAAAUUCACGCCUUAGGAGGAAAUUUCAGGAGGAAACUCAGGAGGCAUCAGAAGUGUAUGAGCAUCCGACAAUUCACCGCCAUCAUGGAAGGCAGACAUCAGGAACUCAUGACGAUCACAGUGAACAGCUAGAAAGAGGUUCAGAUGCAUGGUAUCAUCAUAGAAAUUAUGCUUUUCAUCCUAAACAGGUUUCAACAACUGCAGCUGUCCCGUCUGGAAUGAGAACAAUGCCUCCAGAUGUCUUGGCUCCACCUGGAUAUCAGCUUCAACAGAUACAUGAAAAAAUCAGUGUUCUCAGAUAUAAUGGUACAGAUUGGCUGGAGGAAACAUUGACGAGUAUGGGAAUUAGGCAAUUAUGCCAUAAUCAGAGCAACUGCAUCCCAGAUAUGAAAUCUCAUUGCAAAUCAGUGGCUGUAGUUCCAGGGGUCAAAGAAAAUGCUUGGCAGCUUAUUACAAGCAGCACAACAUUUGUGAGCAAUCCUGUGAGUGGGGAGGAACAGCAUUUGGCUCCUUGGACUUUGACAUCUAUCCUCAGAAAGAUAAUAGUGAAUGUAUGAAAUUUCAUGCAAUGAACAUAGAAUGUAAAUUAUAUGCCCAGCAGGAAUUUAUACACUUUUAAUCCAUUUUUAGACUAAAGAGUUGUAGUUGUUUUUUGAGUUGUGUUUUAGUAUAAAUACAGUUGUAUCUUUUUAUUGUCUAAUUUAGUGGUAAUGGUGUAUAUAUAUAAUGUAUGUUUAUUUAUUUAAUUACUGUAAUUAUUUAUUUAUUGUUUUCUUGAUACACACAUUACGUAAAUGUAACACAUAGUAUCAUAUUGUUCUCAUGCUGUUACAUAUGUUAAGUAAUUAUUGACAUUAUCAUGUAAUUACAGUACUGUAAAAUAUAACUAUUUAUGUGCCAAAAGUGUAUAAAUUACUGCUAAAUGGGUAUGUGUGUGUCCAGGUACAAAAGUUUUGUUGAAUAUUUCAUGUACAAUAAUUUCAAUAAUUUAUUUUGUACAUUUAUUGCAGUGUUGUCUUUUAUUUUGUAUAAUAAUUGUUGAUAAAUACAGGUUUGUUUUCUAGUCUACUCUGUCAUGCUGUAUGUGAUUUAUGUCAGGUCUGAAAGAAGAAAGAUCCAGAAGAAUACAAGUUGUGCUGUUGGCAUAUUCCAAACUAUUUUCUUAUCUGGUAUAAUGUUUAUGGAAGAUCAUUUUUUUGUUCAAUUCAUAACAGUAAGCUUAAAGCCUAGUUUACAGUUUGUUGUUUACAUGAAAAUGGCAACCAACCAGGCGACAAGUCAGUGUCAGAAAAAUAUUUAUUUGUAGACUGAACAUUUAUUUGUUAAUGGGUGUGAAGGUAACAGCUAAGAAUAUUUCUGGAACUUUUGCAGCUUGUCACAGUUCUUUUGUAUUCUAGUUUUAAAACUGUGUAAGAAAACUUUGCUCCUCAAUUUUAAUCAAGUAUUUUGAACCUGUUUUGUUGGUAAUUAUUUUAUUCAAGAUGAUAUUUUGAGUCUUUCAUCCUUCUAGGAAAUACAGUAUUUGAACCUUGAAUUUUCUAGUCAUUUGAAGCUUUAUUUAUUAAACUAAUGUAUGAUUAUCUCAUUGUUAGUUUUGGUUUAGUUCCUAUAGGAUAUUUGAAAACUGGACUUCAUGGCUAUCUUUGGUUGCGCUUUAUUAGAAUGUGUAACUAUAGUAUGUCAGCCAUCUUGAUUUUGCUUUUAACCCCCCCAUGACUCUGACAUAUCUGCUACAUGUAGGCUAAAUGUCACAAGCAACGUGUAUUACAUUCGUGGUAAUUUUAACUGUUCAUUCAGUUAUGAUGCUAGUUGCAUUAUAGGGCAUACUUCAUUUUGUAAAUGUUCUGAUUCUAGACAAAAAUAAUCCAUACAUCAUGGACCAGUGGCUGGUUCCAAAAGUUUGCACAUACCCCUACCAUUUGUCAUAUCAAAUAGAUAUUCCAUGCCACUGCUCAGUAUUUUGCAAUUUGCAAAAAAUGAAAAAAUAUGUGCAUAUGCAUUGUGCAGGAGAAAUGUUCAUUAUGUAGAUAAACUCGUGUGUGACAAGAUUAUCAUCUUAUUAGCAAAGUGAGUGAUGCACCAUGCUUCUGUAAGGAGUAUAAGUGGUAAUGUACAAUUUGAAAAUGGAAGUUGCUGGUUCAUAUUUGCAAAUUUGCUGAAUUAGGUUCUUGAGAUUUGCCUCUAUAAGUAUUUGGGAAAUUCAUAAUAAAAAUGUCACCAGUCUUGCUGUCACAGAAUAUUUUUCCUUUAGCCGUGUUAGUAGUCAUAUUUCAUUUCAUUUUUAUAAGAUAAUUGGAAUAGACCUAUUGACCAUUUUCAUUUGUGACCAAAUGCUAUAGAAAAAUUUUAUUAGCCAUGCUUUUAGGUUGUAUGGAAGGAAUGAAUGUUUUUCUGCUUGGAAAACUCACUCAAAAGUUGUAUAUGAAAUACAUGUUUGUUUCCAGUAA